AUGAAGGCUCUGCUCUCCCGCCUGGGCUUUGACAAGAAGCUGGUGGCUCUGGAGAACAAGCGGGUCUGGGAGAAGCUGCUCUGUGCCGACACCCAGCACUAUGCAGCGGGUCUGCUGGCCAGGGAGAUGCGCCGUGGCUUGAGCCCGUUGUGUCCCCACAUGGCCUCACACCUGCUCAGCCUGCUCGUCGGGAAGCAGCCCUGCUGGGAUCUGCCUGCCCUGGCGUUCUUUGUGGAGCUCCUGGAGUGUCUGGACCUGAGCAAACAUGGUCCCAGUGCCCUGCUGGUGGUAUCCAGGCACCUGCUGAGCCAGUGCAGGGGCAGGCUGCGCCUGGCGCUCAGAGGCCUCGUGGUGCUCAGCAAGGAGCCCUCGCUGGCCGGAGGAAUAUGCUGCCUCUAUCCACACCUGGUGGAGCAGCUGGCUGAUCCAGAUGCAGAGGUGGUCUGGAUGAGCCUCUGUGUGCUCACACAUGCGCUCCAGGACAAAGACCUCCUGCUACCCAGUGUCACCACCCUGAAGCUGGCUGAGUCCCUCCUGCCACAUUUUGAGAACGACAACAGCCACGUGCAGCUGCUCUCCAUUCAGCUCUUUUGCAAGGUGAUGGAGCUGGUAGUGGAAGAGGGGGAAGAGCUUCUCACGACAUUUGUGAACCAGAGCCUGCUCCCUCUAUUCUUGCGCUGGCACGAUGAGAACCUGUACGUGGCCAAGGCCUCUUUCCAAGCCCUGCUUUGUGCGGCACGCUUCCUGAGGAGGAGGGACCUUGAGGAGCUGCUGAUAAAGGCGUGGCGGAUUAAGUUUGCUGAGAGCCUGGUAAGGACAGCCCGGGAGCUCGAGCCCUGCCCCCAGUGCUCAGUGUGGGGGGCCGGCAGCUGUGGCCCUGCCCAGCACCGCAGCAGGGCCCGCCAGCCUGCGCCCACCCUGCUGCUCCCUGCCCUGUGCCGUGCCGGCCGGCUCGGCCGGUGCUGGGGGAGGGAGAGCCCGGCCGAGGGGCUGAGCCUGUGCCGAGCAUUCCCUGCUGGCGCUCCCCACAGCUGCUGCAGGACGAGAGCCGAGCAGCCAAGAGCCCACAGAGGACCCUGCGAGAGGCAGCCCUCAGGUUCAUGGCUCUUCAAACCCUGAAGGAAGAUGAGAGUCCAUCGUGCCUGAGCAAACUGCUUCAGCUGAUCUUUGAAGGAAGAUCUGCAGGACUUUGUCUGAUGGAUCAGAUGUACCAGCGUCCAUCAGCGAUUUCAAGUGCCCAUUGAAGAUGGGAGCACCUGCAGAACAGGAUGGACCAGCUGGAGCUCCAGGCACGGCUCUGGCUGCUCAGAGCUGAGCCUGUGGGAAGCUCCAGCAGCUCCUGCCAUCUCUCUCCCUGUUGGCAGCCCCCUCCCUGCAGCCCUCAGGCCCUGCCCAUCCCCUUUUCUGCCUCCCAGCUCACCCCUUACCUUUGCUUUCCCUUAAUAAACAGUUUGGGUUUUUCACUUGACCCGUGUCUCCGUGGAGCUGGAGCGACGCAAAUCCUGAGCCUGGGGACACGCAGGGCCCUGCUGCCCUUCUCCUGCCUGCUGUGUUCCGGGCAUGGGCAGAGAGGAACAAGGGCAGUCAGGCUGCAAAGGUGCCUGUCCCGCUGCUCCAGCUGCACAGCACCGUGCAGUUAAAGGUCGUGCUGAGCACGCUGAAGGGAACAAGGACCCUUGGUUUUACAAGAGCCAGCUUGAGUGUGCUGUGAACCCAGCUGUGUGGGAUUCCAUGGCAGGCAUCCACCGAGGGCAAAGGAGCUUGCAAUGCUGGAAGGUUUCACAGAGAGCUUCCUGAAAGCACAGCAGUGCUCCAUCCCUACACAGGGACAGGAAGAGGGCAGAAGCAGAGAGCGUCGUGGCCUAACAGUGAGCUCUGGGUGCACCUAAAAGCAGCAGCAGCAGCAGCAGCAGCAGCAGCAGCAGGGAGUGGCUGAGACUCGGAGGCGCGACGGUCCCAGUGGCUGCAGCGCUGUCAGGCAGUGCCUGCACCUUCGGUGUGGUUCUGGCAACUCUGGUCUCCCCACAAUGAGCAAUGGCAGCCCCUGCCUCAGGCCCAGUCAGAAACCCAACCAAGUGAGACCAGAGGGAGGAGACCCUUCUCACCUCUCUUGGGCAGGGCUGCAAAACAGCCGCUGCGUCUUCCUGCCCUUCUGUUUGGGAUGUGCUGAGCCCAGAGCCGGCCAGCUUGUGUCCUGCUGUCCCAGGAGUGUUUUGGGCGGGCAGGAGAAGGGCUGUGUGCACAGCGGAGCAUCCUGGAAGGGGCUCACCAGAGCCUCCUGCGGGAACAGGCUGCAGGGCGUGGAGGUUCUGGGACAUCACACCAUAACCAAUAUGAUCUAGUGAAGCCAAAUUUAUUAUCCUUUAAAAGACUCUGUUUAAAAUAAGUCUCUGCUAUCCACGUGUCUCUAGCUAAUACAUGAUUGGUUAAUCCUAGGUGUUCACACAUCUUAAUUAGAAUUCUGAUUGGAUCAUCUAAUUUUUUAUGCAUCUUGCUGUGGUUGUCUGGCCCACCCAUGUCUCACUUUGCCAAGCUUGCUGACAAACUUGCUGAGUCCUGAUGACUCUUCUUCUUGUAUCUUUUUCAAGGAUAUACCGACCCAAAUUCUGAACAUGUCCAUAAUUCAUUCUUUGUGAAGGUGUACAUUGUCCAUUAUUACAAGCAGGCUGGAUUGUGCAUCGGCUGAAUAUGGCCAUUGUCUUGCAAAAACUCCUCCAUUCUGUCUCUGAGCCAGCAUUCGAGCCAGUUAAA